AGAUAAAAUGGAGAAGUUUAUUGUGAUGUUGUGUUUGUUACACAGCUGUUAUGGUGUUAUUUAUAAUUUAAAUGACACGGAGUAUGACCGAAUGCCCGCCAAGUACAAGGGGGACUCGUACGACAAAUGCCAUUGGGAUGACAAUGCUAUCUACUGCUUCGCGGAGCUGAAGCUGGUCCCCGAUACUUCUAGUCCUUUGUUCACCAUGAUACAAGAAUACUCAGCACACAACACAACGCACUUCGACUACACGAAGUUGGUGCGAGGAGUGUGCGUCACACAGACAUGCACACACCUCUACAACAAGACAGCACCUUUCAAUAUUAACGAUACUGAUAUUGGAGAAGCUAUAGAAGAAUGUGUCAACGAAUCCCUCAUCAAAGAUUAUGGGUUGAAGAUUAAAAUGAUCCGGUACUUUUGCAAUCAACCACCGAAGGACAAGCCGCUAGAUACAAUGGACUAUGUUGUCGGCAUCAUCUGCCUUAUAAUUAUCCUGGCUAACGUUAUUGGAACUGUUUAUGAGCCUUUCGGUGGGAAGCGAAAAGAUUUUUUGUCAAGAUUUCUCGUCGGUUUCUCGAUUCGUUACAAUUGGAGGAAGUUGGUGGCUCCUGUCGCUAGAGGACAGGACCCUCGGUUGAAGAGACUCAAGGGUAUCCAUGGCAUGAGGGCAUUAUCUAUUGGACUAGUGAUUAUGGCGCACUCGAUCUUAGCGUGUGUGGCGUUUAUAGACAACCCGAUCUACUUUGAAAAGAAGGCAGUUAUCCUUGAGAGGGCACGUAUUGUGAGGAGGCUGCUGUCUUUGAAGCGACCGUUAUAUAAAACCAGUGCGUUGAAGGUGAUCUUCAACGGUAUGACCAUCAUGCAGACGUUCCUCGUGAUGUCCGGCUUCCUGCUGGUCUACAACUCCUUGCUGCAUGCUGAGAAGAGCAAGAUAACCUUCAUGACGUUUCCCAAAUACAUUCUGUUGAGAUGGCUGAGAUUAACUCCAGCUUACGCAGUCUACUUAGGGUUGACUAUCACCUGGAUGAGAUACCUCACUGAUGGCCCUUUGUGGCAGGAGGUGAUAGGCAAUGAAGUGAGAGACUGCAAGAAGUAUUGGUGGACCAACCUGCUGUACAUCAACAACUACUUCGACGACUCGCAGUGCAUGCAACAUACCUGGUACAUAGCAACUGACACCCAACUGUAUUGUGUGGGUGCUCUCGUCUAUGUGUUGUGCUCCACUCCUCGGUCCAGAAAGAUAGUGCUGCCACUCCUGUUCGUGGCCGGUCUUAUCAUUCCCGGGGUCAUCACUUACAUGCUCAACUUGGAUGGAACUCUAAUCGCUUCUCCGGAGGCGAUCCACAGUCUCUUUUUGAAUGAGCCUACAUUCAACUACACAUACAGGAGAGGCCACACCAACCUUGCUGGCUACACCAUCGGCCUCUCCGUCGGCUACCUCGUCUAUCGCUGGCAAAAGAAUGGCGUUGACAUGACCAGGUUUAGGAAAUAUCGUUAUUUGGUUCUUGUGCUCGUAGUGGUUGGAACUUCUGUGGUGUAUGCAGGCAGUAUCUUCUUCGAGGACGUUCCUAGGCACUCUAUAUAUUUGAGAGUUGCCUUUUCCAGUCUUCACAAGCCGGUCUUUGGCUUAAUAAUUGCAUUGGCGUUAGUCAUAUUCAUCUUUAAAAUCGAUGAUAUAUGUCGUCGUAUAGUGGAGUGGCAGGGCUGGACGGUGCCAAGCCGCAUCUCUUACAGCGCAUACCUGAUCCACGUCGCCUUCAUCAGGCACUUUGUAUCCUACCAGACUACUAUUUGGCACACAACCUUCGUCUUAAUGCAACAAAUGAUAGUUGGGUUCGUGCUGGCUUCAUUCCUGACUGCGCUUCCAUUCUACUUGAUAGUGGAAGCACCGCUAAGCAAUAUGAUCAAGCUGUUAAUAUCUGGCUCGCGAAACAAGGAUGGUGACAAUAAAGAAAAUGUUAAAGAAGAAAAUCCUAAGAAAAUGCUAAGUGACAGUGAAAUACUUGCCAUUGAGAAAAUUGUCCCUUUGAAGACUUUACGCGAAAUUCUCAGCGACGAUCGGAAGUACGAAAGUUCACGAGUUUGAGAAAUGUUUCGAAGAUCUGUAGAAUAUUCUAGUGCCAGCGUUUCGGUUUGGACUGUGUAACAAAUUGUGAUGUUAGACUUUAAUUAGACUUUAAAUAAAAUAUCUUGGUUGGGUUUGACACUGCCACACAGGAAAGUUUUUGUAUUCGUACUUUGACUCGUUAACUAAAUAAUUC